AUGGGAUGUUCGCUUGAUAAACUAUCAGCAGCUUUGAAACCAGAAAAUUUUACUGAUCUUAAAAAUGAAUUCCACGAUUUAGAUGAGGAAAAAUUUAAGCUAUUGACUAGAAAGGGUGUUUUCUUUUAUAAUUAUUUAACUAACAUUGAAAGAUUAGAAGAGACAAAAUUUCCAAAUCAAAAUAGUUUCUAUAAUAAAUUUAUGGAUCAACAUAUUACUGAUACAGAUUAUAACCACGCAAAAUUAGUUCGGGAAAAAUUCAAUUUGAAAACUCUUGGAGAUUAUAGCGAUUUGUACAUGAAAACCGAUAUACUUUUACUCGCCUCAGUGUUUGAAACGUUUAGAGAUACAUGUUUUAAAACUUACGGUUUAGACCCCGCUCAUUAUUAUACAGUUCCAGUUUAUACUUGGGAUUGUAUGCUUAAAUAUACAAAAUGUGCAUUAGAAACAAUACAGGAUGUCGACAUGUUAUUAUUUUUUGAGGGUGGUAUACGAGGAGGAAUAUCACAGUGCUGUAAUUGGUAUGGUGAAGCAAACAAUAAAUAUAUGUCUGAUUUUAAUUCUACGAAAUCAAUGUACUUUGAUGUUAAUAAUCUCUACGGGUGGGCUAUGUCUCAACCGUACGGAGGUUUCGAAUGGGUAGAUACCAACAUUGAUGUCACCCAAAUCCCUAAUGAUGCACCUGAGGGGUAUAUGUUGGAGGUUGAUCUUGAGUACCCUCAACAUAUUCCUGAUCAACAUAAAGAUCUACCUUUUUGUGCUAAACAUCGUCCUCCACCCGGUUCAAAAUUGCCUAAAUUAAUGACUACCCUUUGUAAUAAGGAGAAAUACAUUAUCCAUUAUCAAAAUUUGAAACAAGCUUCGGCUCACGGAUUAAUCUUAACAAAAAUACAUCGCGUAUUAAAAUUUAAGCAAAGUCCAUGGUUAAAAUCGUAUAUAGAGCUUAAUACUUUAUUGAGAUCUCGAGCAACAACCGAAUUUGAGAAAAAUCUAUACAACCUGAUGAAGAGUGCCGUAUUUGGCAAGACUAUGCAGAAUUUGAGGAAGCAAAGGGUAGUAAAAUUAGUAAGGGAUUGGAAUUUUCGAAUGGGCGCAAAAAAUUUAAUUUCUAGUCCAAAAUUUUAUAGUCCUACUAUAUUUUGA